AUGCUAAAAGAUGAGCCAAUAGCAUCAACGACAACGUCUACUCCAGGGACAACAUCUUCAGAUAAUGACAGAUAUUACAAAGAAUAUGUUAGAGUCGAUCUGAGGCAAACGCCAUUCAAAUGUUUGCCGGAUGAUAUUACCGAUAACAAACCCAUAACGAUCAAAGGUACUUCCUUAGUACAAAUAGAAGAUAUUGAAAUUAUUGAAUCGAAAGAUAUAGAAAAUAACAAGAAAUUAAAUACAGAAGCUAAUGAUGAAUCUUCGUCAUCAUUGCCUGUUGGUACUGAAAAUCUUUUAGAACUGACUAUUACUGAUGGAUUCACCACACUUCGUGCAAUAACAACAGAACAAAUAUCUGGCUUAACCAUCGACACUGUUCCCGGUUCAAAACUGACGCUGUUUAAUGUUAUACCAAUAAAAUCAAAUGUUUUACAAUUAUCAAAUCAGAAUUGUCGUUGGAUUAAUGGCAGUAGAACAUAUUCAACACCCAAGCCAUACUAUCGAGGAGAUGGUUCAAGGCGGGGUGGUGAAGGUUAUAGAACAUUUGAUGCAAGACGACGAUAUCAAGAUGAUGACGAACAUAAUUAUAUGAAAAAGCCAUUACCGUUAAGUUUAUUUAGUUUUGUUGGACCUAAAUUUCAAGGUUUGAAUAUGUCGGAUGAACCAUUAAAUAGUAAGCAACAAGCUUCAACAUCUCAACAGGAUACAGAUUCUAAACGUGAUAAUUAUCCAAGUACAAAACCAUCAUUUCAUUCCAAUAAAGCAUAUGGUAACAGUUAUCGCAAUAAUCGAUAUUCUUCUUCAUCUUCAUCGUCGCAGCAUAAUAAUAACAUACCACAAACAGGACAAAAAACACCAGCAACAGAUUCAUCAACGACUGAGAGUAGACAAAUAAACUCACGUGAAAAGCCUUAUAGAAAUAAUUAUGAUACAACAUCAUCUAAUUAUCCGCGUACACAACAACAACAAAAUAAUCGAACAGAUACACAUGAUUUUCAACAACAGCAAAUAUAUCGGGAAAGAAGAAAUCCAUUACCACCCCGAUUACAGCGAGUACAAGAAGAACGAAGUCGUCGAAAUACGAAUCGUUAUUAUGAUGAUUCCUCGUACGAUACAGCUGGAGAAGGUGCGCCGUCCUCAUAUGAUAAUGGUGACACUGACAGUCAUCGAAAUAGUGGCAAUACACGUCGACCCUACCGUAAUCAAAUAGGAUCAUCGAAUCAACUGUCGUAUCCUCACAAUACCGUUAUGAUCAGUGGAGGAAAUGGACAAACCGUACCUUCCGCCAGCUCAAUAGCAAAUAAUUUUUACUUUCCUAAUACGACAAUGAAUUCUGCCGCUUAUUCAUUUGCUGCUGCAGCUGUAACACAGACUGGUGCUUAUCAACAAGUGCCAUAUAAUUGUACAUCGAAUGAUCAAUUUGCAUAUUGCUACAGUAUUCCUAAAGAAGCUAUUUAUCCAACUGGUCUUCAUCCAUCGAUGUGGACCGCUGAAAUGGUAUCUGCUAAUAGUGUCCCUUUAUCAAAUUCAAAUGAUCCAAAUAAUGGUGCUUAUUACAAUGUUCAAACACAAUCAAAUAGUAAUUCUUCAAAUGGGGUGACAAACGCAAUCAACAGCAUUAAUACAAAAGCAAAUUACAAUAAUAAUGAUACGGUUGCUAAUCCAGAUCAACCAUCAUCAUCUACCGAUGAAAGACAACCACAACAUCAGCAACAACAACCACAACAAUUUGACAAUAAAAUUCAUGAUGCAGCUUUAAAUCAACAAGAUUUUAAAACAAAUAAUAACGAAAAACGACGAGAUUCAAAUUCAAAUUCUCGAGCAUGGCAAAUUGGAGAUUUUUGUAUGGCUCGAUGGAAGGACGAUGGACAAUUCUAUUAUGCAAAUAUUGUAGAAAUACAACCAACUUCUUGUUUAGUAUUAUUCAAAGAUUAUAAUAAUUACGAACAAGUAUCAUUUAAUGAUCUAAAAUUGAUUCCAAGAGAUCAAUUACAGCAUUUAAUCGCAAAUCAAAUGACAACACUUCAUCCGGAUGCAGUUAAUCGACUUAUUCAGGCGACUUCUCUUUACUGUCGACCAACUUAUCCCAAUGAUGGAACAAUUAAUUACACUUCAUCAUCGCCUAAUACAGUAAUUAUGCCCGAAGCUCCGCCAUUUCCGUUUAAUUCUACUGGCAAUUUGAUUGUCUGUGCUCCACCACGAACAGUACGAUCUUCUAACAACGGAUAUUAUAAUAAGUUAGCUAAAUCAAAGCAGAAUAAUAAUUCUGUACAACAGCAAGAGCAACUAGACAAACAAUUAGACGAAAAUAUAAAUGGUGCUAAUACUGAACAAUCGUCGUUUACAAACGUUGAAGAUCAAACUAAUAAUUUUCAGUCAAAACAAGACGAAAAUACUACACCACUCGAUUAUAAUGAAGAAAGCAAAGAUGAUGAUAUUAAACAACAAGUAACUGAUACAGAGUCAGGUAUUGAAAAUACAACGACAACAACAACAAGUGAACCGACAACUCCAAAACGAACGAGGACUACAAGUAGUGCUAGUUCUAGUCAUGGUAGAAGCACAAGUACGGCAAGCAUUGAUAGUUCAAAUGAUCAUUUUGAUGAAAUAUCAAAUGUUUCAACAACCGACAAUAAAGCGGAAAGCCAACAAAUAGAAUCUACUGGAGAUGACAAUCAGGAAGAAGAAAAUGUUAGUGAUAUUCAGAUGCCAUCAUCUACAAAUCAAACGACAUCAUCUAAAUCAAUUGCCGUCGCGAUCGAAGACCCUCCAUCUCAAUCGAAAAUUAUUGAUGAUGAAAUCAAUAAUCCCGAUGGAACUAAAAUAAAAGAUACAUAA